AUGCUAACUGGUUUAACAUUAGCUGAACUACCAGAGAUCAGUAUUUAUGGUAAUAAAUUUUUUUAUCCCAAUGGAUCUCAAUUCUUGAUGAAAGGGAUUGCAUAUCAAGCCGACACAGCAAAUAUUACAACCGGACAAACUAUUAUUGAUCCAUUAGCAGACGUUGAUGUUUGCAAGCGAGAUAUUCCAUAUUUAGAAGAAUUGGGCACAAAUGUUAUUAGAGUGUAUGCUGUUAAUACAACAUUAGACCAUGACGAGUGUAUGUCGCUUUUAGAUGAAGCAGGUAUUUAUGUUAUUGCGGAUUUAUCAGAGCCUGGUGUUUCGGUUGAUAGAUCGAAUCCAUCAUGGAACAUUGAAUUGUUUGAGAGGUAUAAAGCUGUUGUUGAUCAAUUGUCUGGAUAUUCGAAUGUUUUGGGUUAUUUUGCUGGAAAUGAAGUUACUAAUGAUAAUACUAAUACUGAUGCAUCAGCGUUUGUCAAGGCAGCAGUUCGAGACACUAAAGCGUAUAUUAAGUCAGCAGGAUACAGAGAGAUUCCAGUUGGAUAUUCGUCGAAUGAUGAUGCUGACACUCGAGUUCAAAUAGCAAAUUAUUUUCUCUGUGGGGACGAGGAUGAGAAGUCUGACUUUUAUGGAAUCAACAUGUACGAAUGGUGUGGUAGUUCGUCGUUCAAGGAAUCAGGAUACUCUGAUAGAACCGAUGAGUUUAAGAACUUGUCAGUGCCAAUAUUUUUCUCAGAAUAUGGGUGUAAUGAGGUUACUCCCAGAAAAUUCGAAGAAGUUCCAACUAUUUAUGGUGAAGAUAUGACGGAUAUUUGGUCAGGAGGUAUUGUCUAUAUGUAUUUUGAGGAGACUAAUAACUAUGGGUUGGUUACAAUAAAGAAUGAUAAGGUGUCUACAUUGAGUGACUUUAACAAUUUGAAGAGCCAAAUAGACGAUUUAACAAUGGUGACGUACAAAUCCAGUGAAUAUACACCAACAUCAGUUGAGUUGUCAUGUCCCACGCAGGAUUCAAAUUGGAAGGCUAAUACUCAAAUCCCACCUACACCAGAUCAAGAUACAUGCGAUUGUAUGUCCAAAUCAUUAUCAUGUGUUGUGAGUGAAGAUGUUGAUGAGAGCGAUUAUGAGGAAUUGUUUGAUUAUGUGUGUGGGCAAAUUGCAUGCGAUGGAGUAACAGGCAAUGGUACCACAGGACAGUAUGGAUCAUAUUCGUUUUGUUCAGCAAAGGAGAAGCUAUCGUUUAUUUUGAACUUGUAUUAUGUUGAGAACGACAAGUCCAAGUCAGCCUGUCUGUUUGAUGGAUCUGCCAGCAUUAACAGCGAUGCAACAACAGAAUCAGGAUGCAAGUCUAUUUUAUCAGCAGCAGGAACAGAUGGAUUGGGCACUAUCAGUGCAUCAUCAAAAACAAGCACAGCAAGGUCAUCCAGAUCCAACAGUGGAGACUCAACAGCUACCAAUGCCUCAGCCAGUGAAUCAGCAAGCUCUAGCAACGAAGCAGUGAUUUUGUUGCCCUUCAAGAAACAGUCGUUGGCCGAGAUGACAAUCACUGGGUUGCUAAUGCUGUGUUUUGUCGCAGGUAUGGGACUUGUUGUCUUUUAA